ACACAUUUUGAAGAUAACCCAAAUGAUUUAAAAGCACUUCGUCAUGACACAAUAAUUCAUCCUACACGUGUACAACAACAUAUGAAACAAAUACCACCAUAUCUUAUGCCAAAAAUUGCAGCACCUGCUGCUAACGCGUCAACAGACUCUGACCACAUAAAUGGAGAAUCAGCGGGAUCCAAUGAUUACAUUCCACUCCGUAAAAAAUCUACAAACGAACGUCAUCACGGCAGGAAAGUGUUUAAAAACCACAAAUUUGGUCCAAAGAAACGUAAAAAUGACCCACUGAAAACAUUUAAAUUUGACUCUACACCAAGUAAAAGAAAGGCAAGUAUUAAUGUGGAGACCACUAUACUAUAUCGAUUUAUCUAA